AGAGAGAGGGGGAGAGAGAGGACGUGGGAGGACUGCCAAGCAUUGAGCUGGGAGAAAACAAAGGGAGCCCACGCUGGAGGUGCCUCUGGGGCCGGAGGAUCUGUCAAUCUGCGCCAAAGUCUGCUCCCCAAGUUUUGGUUGCUGAGCCAAGUGGGGGAGUCAGGAGCCUCCUUCAGCGACAGGCCAGCUUCGCACCUCUGCCCGGACCCAGCCCUCAGAGGGACCCAGCAUCAUGGCGGAAGACAUCGUGAUUCAGGACAUGGUGACGUUUGAGGACGUUGCCGUCUCGUUCUCCCCCGAAGAAUGGGAGAUGAUGGAGGACUGGCAGAGGGAGCUGCACUGGGAGGUGAUGAUGGAAAACUACAGAAUGCUCAUCUCUCUGGGAAACGACCUCUACCUCCUUUCCUCGAGCGGAAUGUUCUGGAACACGUCGGACGAAGAAAAUGUCCCCGCCGAGCCGCAGAGAGGUCCCGCGAUGGGGUCGCCGGAGACUUCGCCCCUCCGUAUCCUCGAGGGCCAAACGGAGAUGGAGGAAGCCUUCGUGCCGGAGCAGCAACCUUUGCCGAGAGGCGCCAGCCCUGCAGGGAGCCCGUAUCCCUGCCCGCUGUGUGAGCAGUGCUUCCGGGGCAGGAAGGAACUCGACCGGCACCAGAGGAGCAUCCACCUGGGGGACAAACCCCACGGGUGCGAGGAGUGCGGGAAAGCCUUCCGAGACAAGAGCGACCUUCGCGUCCAUCAGAGAAUCCACACGGGGGAGAAGCCCUUCCCCUGCGAGGUCUGCGGCAAAUCCUUCCGGGAGAAGAGCAAGCUCAUCGUGCACCAGCGGAUCCACACGGGGGAGAAGCGCUGCGUUUGCCAGGAGUGCGGGAAAUCUUUCCGGGACAAGCAUUACCUUCGGGAUCAUCAGAGAAUCCACGCGGGCGAGAGGCCCUACCACUGCGAGGACUGCGGCAGGAGCUUCCGGACCCGGAGCCAUUUCACCCUGCACCAGAGGAUCCACACGGGGGUCAAGCCCUACGUCUGCAACGAGUGCGGGAAGACCUUCGUCCAGAAGAGCAACCUCGUCAGCCAUCAGAGAAUCCACACCGGAGAGAAGCCCUUCCCUUGCGAGGAAUGCGGGAAGAUGUUCCGGGACCGGAAAACCCUCCGGUACCACCGGAGGAUUCACAUGGGGGAGAAACCCUACCCGUGCCAGGAGUGCGGGAAGACCUUCCGGGACAAGAGCAGCCUGACGGUCCAUCAGAACAUCCACUCCGGGGAGAAGCCCUUCAUCUGCUGGGAAUGUGGGCGGAGCUUCCGGGAGAAGAUGUACCUGAAGGAUCAUCAGAGAAUCCACACCGGGGAAAAGCCCUUCUCUUGCCAGGAGUGUGGGAAGACGUUCAGAGCCAAGAGGACCCUCACGUACCACGAGAGGAUCCACACGGGGGAGAAGCCCUUCCCCUGCCUGGAGUGCGGCAAGACCUUCCGGGGCAAGAGCAGCCUGACGGUCCACCAGAGGAUCCACUCGGGAGAGAAGCCGUUCAUGUGCUGGGUCUGCGGGAGGAGCUUCCGGGAGAAGAUGUACCUCCGGGAGCACCAGAAAAUACACCUCGAGGAGAAGCCCUACCCCUGCGGGGACUGCGAGAAGAGCUUCGUCCACAAGAACCACCUCAUCCGCCACCAGAAAUUCCACGUGGCCUUCUCCAUCCAGUGAAGGUGGACAGUGCCGUAAGGACAACGCCAGAGGACCCUCGCACGACGGGGGCCGGCCUUUUUGGCCCAGCAAAUGCAACCGCACGGAGGGCUCCCUCGAUUUGCCCCGCUGCGUGUUCUGGGUUCGGAUUCUGUAUAAAGCAGGUGGCAGGGAGUAGCGUUAGGAAUUAGGAAGAGUCCCGAGACCCGGAGGGGCGAUUUGAGCUGCUAAAUACCGCGCCCCGUAAGCGACGGGGCCCCUUCCUCCGUUUCUGCAGCAACCGUUUUGCCUUGGGAAGCAGUUGCAUUUAUCCUACUGUAGUUGUGUCGAGAGUUUUUGUGUGUGUGGGAGGCAGGACUGUGCAUGGGAUUUGCCAAAUGAAUAGUUAAUUGUCGGUUUCGUUUCCCCCUUAUUGUAAAUGGCCUUGUGGGUUUUUGUUGGCUGAAAGAGGGCCUGUAGAUUUGGGGCGGGGGGGAUAAACGUAUAUCAAGAUGUGUCCGGGAGCCGCAAUAAAUCUAUACACUUUGCUGUAUGAAUUGCUCUCAUCCCCUUUCCCCUAAAUGUACUCAGUGUGACAUGACGAAAUCUGUUCUUUCACAUGCCCUGAACCUGCUCCAAAUAAAUUCCGUUGGGUGGCUCCAAGUUCUACUA